AUGUCUCAAUUCUCUGACUCUUUCACUCCAUCCUUAUAUGAAUCUAAUAGUAUUGACACCUUCACAAAUAUCCCACAAGACAAUCUUACACCCAAUCUUUCUCAUAGCCAACAGAGCUUUAAUUCAGAUAACGAUUAUUCUACGUUUCGAACUCCGGCGCCACCACCGCCCCCCUCCCUCCAGCGCGUCGGGCCUGAUCGCAAGAAAUCCUACGUGCUUUAUACUACGAUGUCAAAGACGGAAUUUGUUGAAUGGUGGCUUAAAACAGAGUAUGGAGCAAAGAAAAGAAUACGUUGGGAUAGUAAUAGGCGCUUCUCAAGCAUGUGGGAUAGCUUUGAUCAAGUCGCGCAGGCCAGUGAUGGCAAAGCAAAGCUUAUGUGCAAGAAAUGUGGUAAUAUACUUGAUCAUCCACAUAAUAAUGAGCAUGGCACAUCAACUAUGGCAAGACAUCUAAAAGGGUCGCAAUGCCGUAAUCUCUCUGCCAAUCGUACAAAGCAGAAAGGCAUUAUGUCACUUGUACAAGACAUGCCGCAACGUCUUACAACGACACCGGUUUUCUCUCAGCAAGCAUGGGAGGAGAAGCUUCUUACCUUUAUUACAAGGGCAAAGCUUCCUUUUCAACUUAUUGAACACUCUGAGUUUCAAGAAUUAAUUGAAUUCGCCCGACUUGCUUCUUCACAGCCCAAUAUUCCUUCCUCCCGAACCAUUCGACGGCGGUUACAGGACACAAUCAAGAUACGGCAACAAAAGAUGCUUGAUACGCUUCCAUCUGGUACAAAGCUAUCAAUUGCCCUUGAUUGCUGGACAUCUCCAUUUCAACAGGCGUUUAUGGCAAUCACAGGAUAUUUUAUUGAAGACAAAUGGAAUUAUCGAGAAAUUUUGCUUGGUUUCGAACCGCUUCAUGGAUCUCACUCUGGUGCCAACCUAAGUGCUGUUCUUUUUGACCUGCUUCAGCAGUAUAAAAUUAUAGAUCGUGUGCUUUCUAUCACAACAGAUAAUGCAGCAAAUAACGUUAAAUUAAUGGAAAGUAUACAAGAUUCAAUCCAGUCAAAUCAAAUCAGCACUGACACUGCAAUUAUCCGUGUUCCCUGCAUCGCGCAUGUGAUCCAGCUAAGUUUACAGAAGCUUCUUGGUCAGAUGAACGCCAAUCCAAAGAAUGAGAUAAUAGAGAUUAAUUGGUCAGAGGCCCGAUCGCAGUCACUGCGAGCAAGGCAGCAAAAGCGAGAAAUUGCUGAUACCCUUAAUAAAGUGAGUCUUUAA